CGCAUUGGAGCCCUCGCUCUUUCUACCCUCGUCCGAGAAACCCUAACCAGCUGAGAGACGACCCAGCGUCGACGACGGCCAUGGGAUCGAGGUCGCAGGAGCAGGACGGGGCGAGUCCAGCGAAGAUCUUUGUCGGUGGGCUUCCCAAGGACACAACCAUGGCAACAUUCGAACAACAUUUUGAAAAGUAUGGAAAGAUAGUGGAUAAAGUGAUAAUGAGAGACCGGAACACAAACAAACCAAGGGGCUUUGGAUUUAUCACCUUUGAUGACCCUUCUGUUGUUGACAAGGUUAUUGAGGACACACAUGCUAUCAAUGGGAAAACAGUUGAAAUUAAACGAACCAUUCCAAAAGGUGCUGCUCCUCUGAAGGAUUUCAAAACGAGGAAGAUAUUCGUUGGUGGGAUACCAACAAGUCUCACAGAAGAUGAAUUCAAAGACUUCUUCUCUCAGUUUGGGAAGGUGGAUGAUCAUGAAAUCAUACGUGACCAUACAACCAACCGUUCUCGAGGAUUUGGCUUUAUAGUAUUUGAAUCAGAAAAAGUUGUAGAUGAUUUGCUAGCAAAAAAAGGAAAUAUGAUUGAUCUAGCUGGUAGUCAGGUGGAGAUCAAGAAAGCUGAACCAAAGAAACCCUCCAACCCAUCAUCUGCUUUUGGUAGUGAACCUAGGGCCCGUCACUUUGGCGAUAGUUUUGGUGGAUAUGGCAGCUAUAGUGGUUAUGCAGGUGGUGCUUAUGGUCCUUCCUCUUAUAGGACUCCUGGAGGUUUUGGUCCUAGACCUGGGGGUUAUGGUGGUUAUUCAAGUGUUUCAGGUGAUUUUGAUGGUGGAUAUGGUGGUUUUGCUGGUGGCUUAGGGGAUUAUCGGACAGAAUCUUCUUUUGGUUAUUCUAGCCGUCUUGGUUCAUAUGGUGGAGGGUAUGGCGGGGGAUACGGUGGAAGUGGCUUAGGUGGUUAUGGCCGUGAAGCUGGGGGUUAUGCUGGUUCUAGCUACAGUCGUGGUUAUGAAUCACCAGGUGCAGGCUAUGGCUCAGGUGGACUCUAUGGUGGCAGGGGAAGCUAUGGUGGCGGUGCUGGGCGAUACCACCCAUAUGGAAGAUAGGAAAAGAUGCGGUGCAGGUCCCUUCUAGUCUUCGCAAUCAGGUUGCACUAGUUUGCUGGAUGUAUGAUGGUCUGGUAGACAUUCAUUUAGCACAACUUAAGUAUUCUAUAAGGAUUGAGAUCAUUCUGGCUAGUUUAUUAUGUAGAUUUCUAUAAGGCACCUGUAAACAUUUAGCAGUCUGAACUAGUACAGCCUCUAUGGGUUUGUGUACAUUGUCUGCUUUUAGAUAUAUAGUGUGCAUCAUCUGAUUAUGAGACACCUGUAACAUCUAGCAGUCCUAACUAUAGAACAACCUCUAUGAGACUAUAAUCCUGGUUUGCUUUUA